UAUAUACUUGUCAUUCAUCAUCUUUCAAACAAGCCAACCUAUUUUACUUACCUGUAUCUCCUACAUAUAGAAACCCCCACCACCGAGAUAUGACCCUUAAAAACCUCAAUACCCAAAUCAUAGAAACAAAAAAGAAACAAUCAUGGCCAUGAACACCAGACUCUUAUUCAUAAUAUUCUUUCUCUUCUCUACAACCUUCUUCACAGCCCUUUCUUCCAACAAUUCCUCCAACAUAGACUGGUGGUGCAACAAAACCCCACACCCUGAACAAUGCAAGUACUUCAUGAACAACAGCCACCACGAUUUUGCACCAGAAAACCGAUCUGAUUUCAGAAAAAUGGCGAUCCAAGUGGCCUUGGAUCGUGCCAUGAGUGCACAAAUACAUGCCUUGCAAUUUAGAGAAAAAAUUGAGAACAAUCGCCAAAAAGCAGCUUGGUCAGAUUGUUUGAAACUUAAUGAGUGCACUAUUUUGCAAUUAAACCGUACCCUUCAAGGUAUAGGCACAAAUCGUAGCUGUACAGAUUUUGAUGGACAAACCUGGCUAAGCACAGCCCUCACAAACCUAGAAACGUGUCGACUCGGGUCUUUGGAGUUAAAUGUUUCAGACUUUAUCUCACCUAUCAUGUCCAAUAACAAUGUGUCUGAGCUCAUUAGCAAUAGUUUGGCCAUUAAUGGUGUUAUUCUAGAUGAAGAAAGUAAUUAUACAUAUGGGUUUCCAAGCUGGGUUACAAAGCAUGAAAGGAAGCUGUUGCAAGCAUCAACGUCUUCAAUAAAGGCAAAUCUUGUGGUGGCUAAAGAUGGUUCCGGGAAUUAUAGGACGGUUCAAGCAGCCAUUAACGCAGCAUCAAGGAGGAGAGGUACUGGGAGGUUUGUUAUACAUGUGAAGAGAGGGGUUUAUUUCGAAAACAUUGAGGUUGGCAACAACAACAAUAAUAUUAUGCUCAUUGGUGAUGGCAUGAGGUUUACGAUUAUCUCAAGCGGCCGGAGUGUUGGAGCAGGAGACACCACCUAUAGUUCUGCCACUGCAGGCAUUGAUGGCACUCACUUCAUGGCUCGUGGCAUUACAUUCAGAAAUACUGCUGGUCCCUUAAGGGGCCAAGCAGUCGCGCUCCGAUCAGCUUCGGAUCUCUCCAUCUUCUACCGGUGUGCCAUCCAAGGUUACCAAGACACCCUCAUGGUCCAUUCCCAACGCCAAUUCUAUAGAGAAUGCUACAUCUAUGGCACAAUAGAUUUCAUAUUUGGUAAUGCUGCAGUCGUGUUCCAAAAUUGCAUGAUAUAUGUAAGAAGGCCACUAAGGGGCCAAGUCAAUGUGAUCACGGCCCAAGGUAGAAAUGAUCCAUAUCAAAACACCGGGAUUUCGAUCCAAAACUCUCAAGUACGGGCCGCACCAGACCUCAAGCCCUACAUUCGCUCGUUCAAGACGUACUUGGGGCGGCCCUGGAUGCAAUAUUCCCGCACAGUAUUUCUUCAUACUUAUAUAGACAGCUUGGUGAGUCCAGUGGGAUGGUUGGCAUGGGAUAGGUCUAGUUUUGCUCUAAGUACUUUGUACUAUGGGGAGUAUAAGAAUUUUGGGCCUCGUUCAUCCACCAGAUAUAGAGUGAGAUGGCCUGGAUUUCAUGUUAUAACCAGCCCAAAUGUGGCCUUGCGUUUCAGUGUUAAAGGUCUUCUUGCUGGGAGUUCUUGGCUACCAGGAACAGGUGUACCAUUCACGCCUGGCCUGUGAUCAUGUUGCAUAGUAAUGUAAUAUAAUACAUUGAAGUAAUUUAUCAUUCAUUUAUAAUUUAUUUGUUUGGAAGGAAUAACAUUAUUGUUAUUUGUUUAAUGUUGGAUUUUUCUACAUUGUAAUACCAAUGAAAAAA